AUGGCGGGCGGUUUCCUUCCUUACCACGAGCCCGGAAUUGUCGAGAUCUUAAUCAUCGUCUCUUUCUUCUUUAUCCUGUCCCUGGCAGAAUGGGCGUCUGCGAAGAUUAUCCGCGCCGGCGUCAUCGGCCAUAUUGCGGUUGGCAUCAUUUACGGGAAGCCUCUCGCGGACAUUCUCGAGUCUGACUGGCAGAAAACUUUCCUCUCGCUCGGCUAUGUUGGCUUAAUUCUAAUUAUAUUCGAAGGCGGUCUUAGCGCACGGCUUGAUCUUUUGAAGGCGAACUUGGUGCUGAGUAUGCUCGGUGCAGCUACAGGCGUUUGCUUUCCCAUCGGCCUUUCUUACCUGCUUCUCUAUCUCGGGUUUGGUUAUGGUGCGGUGGAAACGUUCAUCAUCGGAGCAGCGCUGUCAGCAACCUCUCUUGGUACGACAUUUGCCGUGAUUUCUUCUGCUUCUGGCACGGUAGAUCUCGCCCAGACUCGAGUUGGCUCUGUCCUGGUUAGCGCAGCUGUCAUUGACGAUGUGGUCGGGCUUGUCAUGGCCAGUGUCAUCGGAAAUCUCAGCCAGCUGGAGGGAGACGGCGAUGUAAAUCUCGGCUGGCUGAUUGGACGUCCUAUUGUGGCCUCGAUAGCGAUGGCAAUCGUCACCCCGAUUGUGACAAAGUAUUUCUUCGCGCCCAUCUUUCGGCGUUUUAUUGAACACCACUUUGCGCGAUUCGACCACAUUUCCAAUAUCAUACUGAUGACUCUGUCUCUGUCGGCAUUCAUAACCAUUGCUGCAUAUGCUGGGACGUCCGUUCUCUUCGGUGCCUUCUUGGCCGGCACCUUUUUAACGUAUAUACCAAGCAAGCAUCCCGACGGACCAUUUGUCGUCAUGAGCCGAGAAGAAGGAGAAGAGUUUGCACACAAGAGCCCGACCUUCGCCCAUACUUUCGAGCGCUACCUUAUGGACGUCCAAAAGUACCUGAUGGAGCCUUUGUUCUUCGCUAGUAUUGGGUUUGCCAUCCCCUUUGUGCAGCUCUGGACAGGCAAGAGAAUAUGGAGAGGCAUCGUCUACACCCUUCUCAUGGUGUUUGCCAAGUUUGUUGUCGGUGUGUGGAUACCGCUAUGGGGCCGUUGGCCCAUUCGCAAACGACAGCAGAGAUCUGGUAAAGGAGGUAGCCGCGUCGACGCAGCCAACCAGCCGGCCCAGAGAAGCGCGGAAAAGAGAAAUAGGACGACAACUUGGCUUUCUGCAUUGCUCUUGGGGGCUGCGAUGGUAGCGCGAGGCGAAAUCGGACUUCUGAUUGUUGAAAUCGGAUAUAACGAGACCUCAUACGUUACUCAGGAGGGCUUCAUCACUGGAGUCUGGGCAAUCCUGCUUAAUACGAUAAUUGGGCCUGCCGUUGUUGGAGUCCUGGUCAAGUUCUGCGGUAAGCGUAUAGGAGAAGGUGAAUGGGGCAUACAACAUCCUGGGGUGCCGACCCAAGAGCCAGAGCCUGAGAGACCGGCACAUGCGUCAGUAUGA